AUGGAUGAAAGUACAGACGUGUCGGAUACAGCACAGCUACUCAUAUUUGUUCGCGGCAUUGACGAAAACUUUACUGUUUACGAAGAGCUUGUGAAAAUGUGCAGUUUAAAAGGUACGACUACAGGAGAAGAUUUAUUUCACCAUGUGGAAAAAGCUCUGAACUCAUUGCAAUUAAGCUGGGAAAAGUUAACAAGUGUCACUACCGAUGGAGGCAAGAACAUGAGCGGUCAAAACAAAGGUGUUGUUGGGAGAAUCAUCAGCAAAGUGAAAGAUUCUGGAUCUACUGUGCCGUUGAUUUUCCACUGUAUUGUCCAUCAAGAGGCAUUGUGCUCCAAAGUUAUAUCCUGGAAAGAAAUAAUGGAUACUGUAACAUCCACUGUUAAUUAUAUAAGAAGAAAUGGACUCACUCACCGUCAGUUCCAAAAGUUUUUGGAAGAUCUGGAGGCUGAUUAUGGUGACGUGGUUUACUACUGUGAAGUGAGGUGGCUGAGUCGAGGUGCCGUUUUAGAACGGUUUUUUGAUUUGAGAAAAGAAAUUGGAAACUUCAUGGAGAUGAAAGGAAAGCCAGUGGAAGAGCUUACUAACAAACAGUGGAUUAUCGAUCUUGGUUUUUUAACUGAUUUGACUAAGGAACUGAACCAGCUCAACAAACGUUUGCAGGGAAAAAAUAAAUUGAUUUGCGACAUGUAUUCAGAUGUCAAGUCAUUUGAGAUGAAACUGAAACUGUUUAUCAAGCAUAUUGAUGAAAAAAAGCUUGACCAUUUUCCCAAUUGCAAGAAAGCCGUGGAAGAAGCUGGAAAUAACUUUGUGUGGGAAAAUAUCACAAUGAGAAAAGUGUUAGCACAACUACAAACUGAGUUUGUAAAUCGAUUCACCGAUUUUAAAAAGAGCUCCCUUAACAUGGAAAUAUUCCAAAACCCUUUUGGAAUUGAUGUUAGUGAGGUACCAAGCUACUUGCAAAUGAAUAUUGUAGAUUUGCAAAGUAAUAGCCAACUUAAAACUGCAUUUAAAGAAAGCACAGACUUGAUACAAUUCUAUGGAGGUUUGAGCUCUGAAAACUUCAAAGAAUUGAAAAAGUUUGCUCAGCAGAUAAUAACUAUGUUUGGUAGUACAUAUUUGUGUGAGCAGACUUUUUCAGUACUCAACUACCGCAAAAAUAAGAAUUGUUCGCGGUUAACGGAUGAACAUUUAGAAGCGAUACUGCACGUUUCUACUACUAAAAUGAAAGCAGACGUUAAAAAACUUACGGUCGCUACGUGCGGCCACUGCGGGGAGAGAGGCCACGUGCUGGGUGAAUGCACCAAAAAAGCUGAGCCGCCAAAAUGUGCAACCUGCCUCCACUUCAACAAGCCCUGCAAUCACAAGACGGGGGAUGCCGAAUGCCCAGCUAAGCUUAUAGCCCAGAAACGGUACAUUGCGUCAAUUAAUUAUGAAGACGUCUAA